CUUUUUAUGUAAGAUUGUUUAAUGUAUUGUAACACAAUGUUUUAUGUCAGUCAAAUAUAUUUUAAUCUUGCUUUAUAUUCUCAUUUCAGAAUUCCACUGAACCACGUGGGUUCUUUCAAAAUGGCGCUGGUGCUAAACAAGAUGGCGGUUGGCCGGAUUCAAACCCAAUUUUGCCGCUGCUUGCACAACUUCAAUAUGACCAAAGAAGUUGAACUGGCGAUAAAAAAUGGAGAUCCAGUGGUUGCAUUAGAAUCUACAAUUAUUACCCACGGGAUGCCCUACCCUUCAAAUUUAUCUAUGGCUAGAAAAACUGAAGAUAUUAUUAGAGGUCUGGGUGCUGUACCGGCCACUAUUGCCAUCAUACAGGGUAGAAUACACGUAGGUCUUUCACCCGAGGAGUUAGAGUAUUUAGCCACAGCUCGAACUGUUCUAAAAACUUCAAGACGAGAUUUUCCAUAUAUUCUGGCAAAUAAGAUGGAUGGAGGUACAACAGUAUCUGGAACUAUGCUGGUAGCCAAUAAAGCUGGGAUUAAGGUAUUUGUGACAGGAGGUAUUGGUGGUGUACACAGGGGUGCUGAAACUACUAUGGAUAUAAGCGCAGAUCUCACAGAACUAGGAAGAACCCCUGUGCUUGUUGUUUCUGCCGGUGUAAAAUCUAUCCUUGAUAUUGGUUUAACCCUGGAGUACCUGGAAACUAUGGGCGUAUGCGUGGCAACCCUAGGGGAGGGUCUAAACUUCCCCGCCUUCUAUACCAGUAACAGUGGGUUCAAAGCUCCGUAUAACCUCAGGUCCCCAGGCGAAGCUGCUGCGCUCAUGAAAGCCAACCUAGAUCUGGAUUUGAAAUCAGGUAUUCUGUUGGGUGUUCCUAUCCCUGCAACAGAGGAAGGAAACUGUUCAAUAGAAAACUCAAUUAAAACCGCUGUCCAAGAAGCCAAGGAGAAGAAUAUUUCAGGAAAAGAAAUCACACCUUACAUAUUAGCAAGGUUAAAUGAGUUGACCAGCGGGGAGUCCCUUCGAGCAAACAUUGCCCUAGUAGAAAACAAUGCUAGGGUUGGGGCUGAGGUAGCGGUCAACCUGUCUAACCUAAUUAAUAAAACAACAGGACCAGGUCGUAGUAGCGCCUCAGGAGGAUCAAUUAUAAUCUCCAGUGAAGGAGGAUCAAGUAAAACCUCCAGUAAAGGACCAGUUGUUGUCGGAGGUUCCAUAUUUGAUUUCGUAGUGAGGAUUACAGAGGACAGGUUUCAGACCAAUGGGUCAACACAUUUUGGAAAACUUCAGUACAGUCACGGCGGAGUUGGGCGGAAUAUUGCAGAUGCCCUGGCUCGCCUGGGUACCCGGCCUAGACUGCUGUCAGCUUUGGGGGAGGACGAUCAGGGGAAACAUAUUCUAGAUCAAAAUAUGCAUUUAGAUACGAGCUUGGUUAAAAUCCUUCCCAGCAGUAGCACUGCAACUUAUACAGCUAUACUAGAUAGUUUUGGUGAAUGUAAAUUUGGUGUUGGAGAUAUGGAUAUUCAUGAUGAAAUUACUCCUGAGUAUAUUCUUGAACAUGAAGAUGUUAUUGCUGGAUCCCCCCUGGUUCUUAGUGAUGGGAAUAUACCUAUACAAUCCAUUAAUAUACUUCUUGAACUGUGUGGUAAGCAUGGUGUACCGUAUUUCUACGACCCCGCCUGUUCAACUAAAUCCACCAAACCUCUACAAAGCAAAUUUACAGGUAGUUUGACCUACUCCUCCCCCAACCUGAACGAGCUGGUCAACAUGAUUAAAACUCUUCCUGGUGUGCAGGAUAUUCCUGAUGUUUCAACAAUAACUGACAAUACAAUAAAAUCCUUGGCUUCUCUUUCUGUCAGGUUACUUGAACACUAUGGUAUAUCUGUGAUCCUAUUGACCAUGAGUAAGGACGGAGUGCUUCUGACCAGAAGAGGAGAUCCUUCAGACCCUCUUCCUUCAAGAUCUAAUCCAGCUUCACAGCUUACAGGUUUUAGUUCUGUACAUUAUCCUGGAGUGCCUGCCACUAAUGUUGUUUCAGUUUCUGGUGCUGGGGAUUGUUUGACAGCUGGGUUUAUCACGGCAAUUCUAAGAGGGGAGGAUCAGGAUACAUGUGUAGCAGCUGGAAUGCAAGUUGCUCGGCUGUCGUGUGGUGUAUCUCCAGCAAUACCUCAAUCGUGA